AUGAUGGUGCACCGACACCUGCAGCACGCCAAACUGGGCCUUGUCAAAUCAGACGAAGAAGAAGGGUCCGUAAAGGAUCCGUCCCUCUUGUUUCCUUAUGUCGUCUCCAUAAUCGUGUGCGUCAGUCUGGCAGUGUACGCGUUGCAUUAUCUGCAUUCCUACAUUUGCAGAAACAUCUUUGGUCGCGAACCACCCUUUGACCCCAUAGAAGGAGAACAAGUCUUGGCCAAUUUGACCGAAGACCAACGAAAGGCGGUAACGCACGCCCUAUUGUCGAAGUACUGCAAGUCUGCCGCGAACUUUGAACAGGACAGUGGCAAGAGCAAGGGCAACAACGCUGGCACUGUGAAGGAAACAAGCAAGGAAGAAGCGACAGCCGCGUCUGUGGAAAGACGUUCUGAUUCUGACCCGACAAGGGAUGCUGCAUCUGCGUCCAUUCAAGCCCGGCAAGACCAAGAGACGAACAACGGAAACGAAUCACAUGACGUGGAACAAGGCACGAAAAUCCUUACGAACGAUGCGCCUCAAAAAGAGGAAGAAGGAAUGGGAGAGAAAGAUCAGACAAGCCAGAGUGACACCAACAACGACGACCGCGAAUGCCCCAUCUGCCUCGGCAACUUUCUGGAAGGUGAUGUGCUUGUUGAGUCCAACAAAUGCAGGCAUGUUUGCCACGUCAAUUGUAUAUCGGAAUGGUUGUCCAAUGGUCAUGACAACUGUCCUGUUUGUCGUGUUCAAAUGAUAACGAAGGAGGACCUAAUGAGAGCUGCUUGGACCUUGGUCAAGAAGCCCACGAAUGGCAAUGAUGAUCGUGAGAAAAGUGCAGAGCAUCAUGCCUAA